AUGCCCUCGUCACUCAGCUUCCGGGCUUCUCUGGCUCUUUCCCUUCCAAGCACUACUCCGGGCUCCUGGAAUUCUGGAAAUGGGAUACUUAGAAGGGUCCUGAUGUCUGUAUUGACGAUCAAUGAAGACACAGGUAAGAAAUUGUUGUACUAUUUGGUCCUAUCGGAAGGGAAUCCGUCCAAGGAUCCUCUGGUUCUCUGGCUUAAUGGUGGCCCUGGAUGCUCUAGCUUCGAUGGAUUUGUGUAUGAACAUGGUCCUUUCGAUUUCGAGAAGACAAAGCAACGUCUACCCAAGUUGCAUCUGAACCCAUAUAGUUGGUCCAAAGUUUCAAGUGUUCUAUACGUAGACUCUCCAGCCGGUGUUGGGCUUUCUUAUGCCAACGACAUAUCUGAAUACGUAACUGGUGAUCUAAAAACUGCAACCGAUUCCCAUGACUUCGUCUUGAAGUGGUUUGAGCUAUACCCGGAAUUCCUUUCAAACCCUUUUUUCAUUGCUGGAGAGUCAUAUGCUGGAGUUUACGUCCCAACUCUUGCCAAUGAAGUUGCAAAAGGAAUUGAUACUGGUGUGAAGCCUGUCAUCAAUCUGAAGGGUUAUAUGGUAGGAAAUGGGGUCACUGACAAAGCAUUGAUGGCAAUGCACUUGUUCCGUUUGCCCAUGGGAUGGGCCUUAUCUCAGAUGAACUGUAUCAGGAGACGAACCAAACUACAAGAAGUUGAUAGGCAAGUUAAAGGUCUAAACAUAUACGACAUCCUAGAACCAUGCUAUCAUGACAGCGCUGCUAAAGAUGCAACAGAUAACAAAAUCAGACUGCCAUCCAGUUUCUUGGAAUUAGGUGGAACAGAACGACCUCUUCCUGUCCGGACAAGGAUGUUUGGUCGUGCUUGGCCACUUCGAGCUAACGUAAGAGAAGGAAUCGUUCCAACUUGGCCAGAGCUCCUUAGCAGCCUUACCGUUCCUUGCACUGAUGAUGAAGUUGCUACCGAAUGGCUCAACAAUGAAGCAGUUAGGGAAGCAAUCAAUGCUAAACCAAAAAAUGUAGCUGGGGAUUGGGAGCUGUGUACUGAUAGAAUCAAAUUCCACCAUGACGCUGGCAGCAUGAUGAAGUACCACAGGAACCUGACUUUGAAAGGCUAUAGGGCACUCAUUUUCAGUGGGGAUCAUGACAUGUGUGUUCCGUUCACUGGGAGUGAAGCAUGGACGAGAGCAAUGGGAUACAAGAUCUUCGACAAAUGGAGACCUUGGAUUUCAAAUGGAGAAGUUGCUGGGUACACUCAAGGGUAUGAGAACAACCUCACCUUCUUAACCAUCAAGGGCGCUGGUCAUACUGUUUCAGAAUACAAACCAAAAGAAGCACUUAACUUCUACAGCCGGUUUCUUGCUGGAAAAGCAAUAUUUAAUAAUUAA